AUGCCUCCGCGCCGCCGCCCCGCCUCCGGCUACCACGGCGUUCGGGCGCGGCCGAGCGGCCGAUUCGACGAGGAAAUCCGUUUCGGCGAGGAGAGGAUCCGCCUUGGCACGUUCGAGGCGGCGCGGGCGUACGACGCCGUCGCAUGGCGGCUGGGCCGCUCCCGCCGCGCAAUGAACUUCCACGACGUGUUCACGCGGGAGCUGCCGGUGAUCACGCGGGAGCAGCAGCGCCGACAGCGGGAGCUGGAGCAGCGCCUCCUCAUCGCCGAGCGCGAUGAGGCGCUGCGCCUCGAAUGGGCGCGCCGCUUCCCCGAGGACGUCGCCGCCACGGAGGCCUUCUAUGCGCAGAAGGAGGAGGAGAAGGAGGCGACGAAGGCAAAGAAAAAAGCUAGCCGCGACAAGCGCCGCGCCGAGUUCGCGGCGAGGAAGGCGGCGAGGGCCGAGAAGGUGGCGAGGAAGGAGGAUCAAAAGAAGAACGACGCAGGGCCGUCGACCAUCGUCCUCUCCUUCUCCUCCUCCUCCUCCUUCGAGUGGACAACGACGCCGGUGUCGGAGACGACUCCGAGCAGCUCCGACUUCGACUGGGAGUCGGACGAGUAG